AUGUGGACUCUGUUGGUUCUUUGCAGCGUGAUCGCCACACAUGGAGUGCAAGGUGGUGAUCGCUUCCAAACAACGGCGGUACCAGGUUCUCCAGAUGCUGAUCACUUCCAAACAACGACGGUACCAGGUUCUCCAGUUUCUGAUGCAACAUACGGACAUUUUGGAACAAGUGAUUCUGCAGCAGCAUGUGGUGGUUAUCUGUAUAGCACCAGUGGCACCUUUCACAGCCCCAACUAUCCACACAAUUACUAUGACUAUGCAGACUGUACUUGGUACAUCAGACCAGGCAGACAAAUUGUGCAGCUGGAGUUCUCUAAUGUAAACAUUGAGAAUCACCCAGAAUGCAAUUUUGAUGUCAUUUACGUCUAUGAUGGCUCCAGCACUGGAAGCAGGCUCCUGGGGAAGGUGUGUGGCUCAAACAACGCCAUCUUCCGCUCCACCGGGUCUUAUUUGACGGUGCGCUUCAGGAGUGAUAGCAGUGGUGGAUACUCAGGAUUUCGUGCUUACUACAAAAUUGUUGAUUUCAGCUCAGCCACAUCUGCACCAGUCACAGCUCGGCCCUCGUGUCGUUACAACUGCGGUUCCAACAUGGGAAACUGCUCCUGCUCAAGCUCUUGUCAAUACUAUGGCAACUGUUGUCAUGACUACAGCUAUUACUGCGGAGCUGGAAUCACGACCGAAGCUCAGCCCUCGUGUCGUUACAACUGCGGUUACAACAUGGGAAGCUGCUCCUGCUCAAGCUCAUGUCAACACUAUGGCAACUGUUGCUAUGACUACAACUACUACUGCCCAUCAACGAGCACUACAAGGAGGCCUGCCACCACAGCUGGGCCCUCGUGUCGUUACAACUGCGGUUACAACAUGGGAAGCUGCUCCUGCUCAAGCUCUUGUGAAUACUAUGGCAACUGUUGCUAUGACUACCACUCUUACUGCUACUGGACCACUGAAAGUGCCACCUCAGCAACACCCUGUGGAGGCUCUUUGUCUGGUUCUGGCACCUUCUCCAGCCCGAACCAUCCCAACUACUACUACGACAACGCCUACUGUGUCUGGCAGCUCAGAGCUCCGUAUGACCAAAGAAUCUUCCUGGAUUUCACGUUCCUGCAAUUGGAGAACUGCUGCAACUGUGACUACGUUUCAGUCUAUGAUGGACCAUCUGUCGGUUCACGAUAUCUGGGCAAAGUGUGCAACAACAGUCUGAACACUUUCUACUCGACCUCCAACUACAUGACUGUGCUCUUCAGAACUGAUGGUUCUGUUGUCGGCCGAGGGUUCAAAGCUGAGUUCGCGAGCUCUUUGCCACCAAACUCAGGUCGAGUGGACUGUUCCUCAGACAACAUGAACAUUGUGAUUGAGAGGAGUUACCUGAACUCUCUCGGCUAUGAUGGCCACAGUCUGUACCUGGACGACCCAUACUGCAGACCCCAGGUUUCCAGGUACCAGGUGGUCUUCAAUUUCCCCAUCAACACUUGCGGCACCGCUCGAAAGUUUGAGAAUGGCAAAGUUGUGUACACCAACGCUAUCCGUGCCUACACCUCCAACUCCGGAGAGAUCACACGCCAGACCCACCUCAAACUGAACGUGGGCUGCCGAAUGGAGCAGGACUCAGUGUCCCAGAUUAUGUACCUUGUGGAACAUCAUGAUAACAGUAGCAUUGUAGGCACAGGCAGAUUCAAUACCAGCAUGGCAUUCUACACAUCCAGCAGCUUCUACUACCAGGUGACUCAAGUUCCAUACAAGGUGACACUCAACCAGAACAUGUACGUCCAAGUGGACCUGAGAAGGGGUGACAGCACCCUGGUCCUCUUUCUUGACACCUGUGUGACCUCACCAUCGCCCCAUGAUUUCCAAAGCAGACCUUACUACCUGGUCCGUAACGGAUGUCCUGUGGACAACACCUACUAUGCCUACACCAGUGGCACCAAUGCCUACGCCCGCUUCAGAUUUAGGGCGUUCCAGUUCCUGCGAGCCACAGAGUCAGUGUAUAUCCAGUGCAAGGUCCUGAUAUGCCAGGCCUCUGACUACAAUUCCCGCUGCCGCCGUGGCUGCAACAGACGUAUGACCAGAGAUGUGGGGUCAAAACAUGACAGCCAAACUCUGGUCAUGGGUCCCAUCCAACUCAAAGAACUUGAGAAAAAGGAAGAAGGGACUGAUAAGCAGGACAUGAAGCAGGACAUGGAACGGGACAAGAAGCAGGACAAGGAUUAACUUAUUGCAGAUAUUGCAGUGAGCUGCAUCAAUCUUUACAAAUCUAAAUCUCCUACCAUUCUUUUCACUGUGACUUUAUUAUACUCACCAUUUCUCUUUAUCGCAUUACCUGAUUAAAAGCAUCAU